AUGCUGCUGUGGCCACUGCUUCUGGUACUUGCUCCUGUUGGUGUCCAGUCAGACUGGCUGAGCAUUGACAUGCCACACCAUGCCUAUGAAGGAGACGAGGUGGUUGUGAGGUGCUCUGAAAAAAACAAUAAUGACAUAAGGAGACUAAUGUACUACAAGGAUGGAUCUCAGAUAUCUAUUUAUCAGAGUGCCUCAAGCUAUACCAUUUCAAAUGCAGAAAUCAGUGACGGUGGCUCCUAUUAUUGUAUGGCGCAUAUAAGACAUGCCAUAUUUGCAAGUGUGACAGAAAAAUCCAGCUCUAUACAGCUCACUGUCCAAGAGCUGUUUCCAGCACCUGAGCUGAGAGUCAGACCCUCUGAGCCCACAGAGGGGACACCAGUGAACCUGUCCUGUGACACCCAGCUCCCUUUGGAUAGGUCCGGGACUGAGCUUCACUACUCCUUCUUCAGAAAUGGCCACAUCCUGAUGGGCUGGAAGUCAUCCAAGUUUUGGAUCUCAGAAAUAUGGAAAGAAGACUUGGGAUAUUACCGGUGUGAGGCAAUGACAGCAUCUCCCAGUGUCCUGAGGCAGAGCCAGCAAUCCUAUAUACAUGUGCAGCGGAUCCCUGUGUCUCAAGUCUCCAUGGACACCCAGCCCCCAGGGGGUCAGGCAUUUGAUGGGGAAAUGCUGGUCCUUGUCUGCUCUGUGACUGAAGGCACAGGGGACACCACAUUCUCCUGGCACAGAGAGGACACAAAGGAGAGUCUGGGGAUGAAAACUCAGCAUUCCCAGGCAGCAGAGCUGGAGAUCCCUGUCAUCAGGGAGAACAACACUGGAGGAUACUACUGUACAGCUGACAACAGCUAUGGCCCUGUGCAGAGUGAGGUGGUGAGCAUCACCAUGAGAAUUCCAGUGUCACAGCCACUCCUCCCCUUCAGUGCUCCUGGAGCCCUGGCCUUCAUUGGAGAUGUGGUAGAGCUUCACUGUGAAGACAGGAGAGCACCUCCUCCCAUUCUGUACUGGUUUUAUCUCGAAAAUAUCAUUCUGGGGAACACCUCAGUGCCUUUUGGAGAAGGAGCAUCCUUAAACCUCUCCCUGACUGCAGAGCAUUCUGGGAACUACUUCUGUGAGGCUGACAAUGGCCAUGGGGCCCAGUGCAGUGAGGUGGUGGCACUCGAUGUCGCAGCUAGGACAUAUCCACCAUCCAAAAUCCGCUUGAGGAAUUGUCCCCACCGCUGCGAAGGGAGAGUGGAGAUGGAAAAGGAAGGUCGCUGGGGCACUAUGUGUGAUGAUGGCUGGGACAUGAAGGAUGUGGCUGUGCUGUGCUGGGAGCUGGGCUGUGGAGCAGCCAAGCACACACCUGCAGGCAUGUUGUAUGCACCAGUGGCAGAAGAGGCCCAACCUGUGUUCAUUCAGGUAGUCCUGUGCUAUGGGACAGAAGAAGCAAUGGGUGAAUGUGGGCAGGUUGAGACCUUUGACUGUGAGCCUGAUGAGGAUGCAGGGGCAGUGUGUGAAG